AGUACAGCUCUCACUUGGAGAAGAUGAAGUCGCUGUUUGUGUUCCUUUUCUUGGGAGCAUUGAUUUGUUCGGUMGAAGGUUUCGGCCGUGCAAAGGAAGGAAAAUGUCCAACCCCAAAAGCCAAAUGCAAACCUUUCCUUAAAAAGCGGAUCUGCUUUCAAGACAUCGAAUGCUCAGGAAAACGAAAAUGUUGUCCUGAUGGGUGUGGAAAUGACGUUUGUAUGACAGCUGUCAUGCCUCCUCGACCCAUUGUAGGCUCUUGUCCCGAGGACGCUCGUGUCGCGAUAACAAUCAAGAACAAUCGACGAUGCCGCMGAAAAAAGACUAAGUUUUGCUUCAAAGGCGACUGCAAUAGAUGCUGUUACUACAAGAGCAGGUGUAAUCCUCAUCCAAAACUACUCAACAACUUGGGAGCCUGCGAAAAAGAAUUAUGCGCCAAAAAAAAGUGUCCGUUUCAAGGUGAGGUGUGUUAUUUCAAUAAGAAGAAGCAAGCAGUAAGUUGUAAAUGCAACAGAUCUUGCCGGACUCCUACAAAAAAUGAUACCGUUUGUGGAACUGACAGGAUAACAUAUCCCAGUCCAUGCGAAAUGAACUUAACUGCCUGCCAACUUGGAGAUUUUAUUGGAAUUGAUUAUCGAGGAGAAUGCAGAGAUAACAAAGUCACGAUUAGUCAAGCGCACGUUGACAGUGURUCACUGAUAUCGGGAACCAAUGGCAGUGUAGUAUGCCAUUUUAAAGGACAUCCCGUGCAAAUYCAGUGGAGCAAACAGGGCUUGGAUAGGCUGCCCGAAAAUAGAAUGCUUCCUUAUGACAACAUGUUGUACAUUAGGCUUGUGCGCAAAGAGGAUGCUGGGAAGUAUUUUUGUCGUGCCUUCGACGGAGUGUCAACAAUAACGGCGACUGUAAAUGUGACGAUAAAAGAGCCAGAGCUGGUUACGUCCAAAGCCAUCCAGCCUCGUCGAGUCUGCAUGCUGGGAAAAUCACAAGGUCCUGGUCAAAACUAUAUAGUGCGCUUCUAUUUCAACUUCAAGACUCGUCUUUGUACAGCUUUUGCUUAUGGCGGGACUGGUGGCAAUGAAAAUAACUUUAAAACAUUGGAGAGAUGUAAAAGAGCUUGCUCUCACUCAGCUACCCCAACUGAGAUCUGUCGCCUUGCUAAAAGGCCAGGAAGGUGUAAGCAAAGACUGCCYAAAUGGUACUACGACCAACGUAAAGGCAAAUGUAAGAUGUUUCACUAUGGUGGAUGUGAUGGAAAUGCCAACAGAUUCGACACCGAGAACGAAUGCCUACAAACAUGCUCUAAUUUGGCCUGCAAACUUCCCAAAGCUGUUGGUAAAUGCAAGGCUCACAUCGCAAGAUGGUUUUUCAAUAUCAAAACAGGAAAGUGUGAAAAGUUUAUGUACACUGGUUGUGAUGGGAAUUCGAAUCAAUAUCCCUCCAAGAAGCAUUGUGAAAUGAAGUGCAAUCCAUCCUCAAGUAGACGACAAUGGUUCAUUCAUAAAAUUGYAAUAUCUUUACCUCUAGAAAAGUCCGGUAUAUGCCCAAUAUUCAAUGUAGCGAUUUGUGAAGAUUUUGUGUGGGAUCAGUGCAUGGUAGACUCUGACUGUACAGGMAGAGAAAAGUGCUGCAAUAACGGCUGCAUAAAGAAAUGCCUUCGACCAGUGACGAAACCAAAGAAAGUUAUUCCAAAAGUAAAACUUGGACGAUGUCCUGCACCGACUUUCUCUGGAAAGGUAUGCAGCAAYCGAUAUCAAAAUGACGUGUGCGCUGUUGACCAAGAUUGUCCUGGAAUUCGUAAAUGCUGCCAUAAUGGUUGCAACUUUGACUGCGUUUAUCCUCCGGAAAUCCCAAAUGGCAAAUCAAAACCUGGAAAAUGUCCAGUUGUGGAUCCAGAUGAAUUUCAGUUGUGCAGCGAAACCAACGACGAAUGCUCAAGUGAUGGAGAUUGUUUUGGUCCAAUGAAAUGCUGUUUCACUGGUUGUGUCAGAGCAUGUGUACCCGUACCAAAACCAGAACCCAAACCAGGACAAUGUCCUAUCCAAGAUUACAUCGACCCAGAAAUGUGUGUCGAUACGAACGAUGAGUGUUUAUUUGAUGAASAGUGCUCUGGAAGUAGUAAAUGCUGCUUUASUGGCUGCAAAAUGGAGUGCUUAUCCCCUCCAGGUGUUGCUCGGCCAGGAUCGUGUCCCUCGCCGUGGAAGGGCUCAAAUGGGUAUUGCGAUAAACGCGGAUUUUUUUGCUUCAUGGAUUCUGACUGUAGAGUUGAUAGCCACAAAUGCUUUUUUUAUGGUUGCCAAAAAGAUUGUGUCGCACCAGGAUUCAAACUCAAUCUUACUUUUUUUCAAGUCGAAAGACAAAAGGCUCGCGAUCAAUUGGCUGAUGAGCUUCCUCCUGUUGGUGUGUAUGUCCCAACCUGCGAGAAGAAUGGACAAAAGGCUCGCGAUCAAUUGGCUGAUGAGCUUCCUCCUGUUGGUGUGUAUGUCCCAACCUGCGAGAAGAAUGGGUACUACACAAAGAAGCAAUGCCACGAUGCAGUAGGCGAAUGUUGGUGUGUGACUGUCAUGGACGGCACCGAAUUGAAUGGCACUCGAACUUCGCAGCCACUAUUAGAUUGCCAAGAAAUAGAUCCUUGCGACAACGUCACGUGUCCUUUCUAUGGUAUGUGUAAAGACGACAUGAACGGCAACACAACUUGUGAAUGUCCAACCGUUUGUACACUGGACUACACGCCAGUCUGUGGAUCGGACGGAGUAACGUACGGUAACCUGUGUUCGAUGAAAGCGCAAGCUUGUGCUUCUCGUAAGAUGAUAACAGUUGAYCAUGACGGAGAAUGCAGCAAAGCAUGGAAUGAAGCGAAAAUAAUCGAAAAUUCUCCUCCGCUCUCAUUGGUCGAAAGUCGACCACGUGACUAUAUCGGYCACUACACACAUUACCUACAGAUGAGAAAGGCAUAUAAACUUCUACAAUUCUCUUCGUGCUCAGAUCCUUGCGACAACGUCACGUGUCCUUUCUAUGGCAUGUGUAAAACCGACAUGAACGGCAACRCGACUUGUGAAUGUCCAACCAUGUGUACCAUGGACUACACGCCAGUCUGUGGAUCGGACGGAGUAACGUACGGUAAUUUGUGCGGAAUGAAAGCUGCUGCUUGUGCUGGUGAGCAAAUGAUUACCGUGAAACAUAAUGGAGAAUGUAAGAAAGUGAAAAAGUGCCCAAAACCAUGGAAAGGAAAGGAUGGGAUUUGUGACCGACGCGGGGACAUGUGCCGCAGUAACGCUAGCUGUAAUUUUGGACAAAUAUGUUGUUUCAAUGGAUGCCAAAAGGAUUGUCUUUACCCAGAUCCUUGUGACAACGUCACGUGUCCUUUCUAUGGUAUGUGUAAAGCCGACAUGAACGGCAACACGACUUGUGAAUGUCCAGCCGCUUGCACCGCUGACUACACGCCAGUUUGUGGAUCGGAUGGAGUAACGUACGGUAAUUUGUGCGGAAUGAAAGCUGCUGCUUGUGCUAGUGAGCAAAUGAUUACCGUGAAACAUAAUGGAGAAUGUAAGAAAGUGAGCAAGUGUCCAAAACCAUGGAAAGGAAAAGAUGGAAUUUGUGACCGACGCGGGGACAUGUGCCGCAGUAACGCUAGCUGUAAUUUUGGACAAAUAUGUUGUUUCAAUGGAUGCCAAAAGGAUUGUCUUUACCCAGUUGUUCCAGGGUUCGUUGAUGUAGUUAAUGGCUCAUGUCCUCUSCCAACCAAGGGUCGUGACGGUAUCUGUGAUCGAAUGGGAGAUCAGUGCACUAUAGAUUCAACGUGUAGUGGUGAUAACGAAAAGUGCUGCUUUAAUGGCUGUCAGCGAGAGUGCAUUGAUGUCAUCGCUCCUCCUCCAGAUCAUUGUAACAACGUCACGUGUCCUUUCUAUGGUAUGUGUAAAGCCGACAUGAACGGCAACACGACUUGUGAAUGUCCAACCGUUUGUACCAUGGACUACACGCCAGUCUGUGGAUCGGACGGAGUAACGUACGGUAAUUUGUGCGGAAUGAAAGCUGCUGCUUGUGCUAGUGAGCAAAUGAUUACCGUGAAACAUAAUGGAGAAUGUAAGAAAGUGAGCAAGUGUCCAAAACCAUGGAAAGGAAAAGAUGGAAUUUGUGACCGACGCGGGGACAUGUGCCGCAGUAACGCUAGCUGUAAUUUUGGACAAAUAUGUUGUUUCAAUGGAUGCCAAAAGGAUUGUCUUUACCCAGAUGGCAAAUCUCCUUGUCAAAGAAUGCUUCAAGACGCUAAGGAAAAGACGAAACAGUUCAUAGUCGGCCAUUUUACUCCUUCUUGUCACCAAAAUGGCCACUAUAAUCCAAUGCAAUGUCAUGGUUCUACUGGACACUGCUGGUGCGUUGAUAUUGAUGGCAAUGAACGUCCGUAUACUCGCAUUAGAGGGAAACCCAACUGCAAUCUGAACGUUGUUCCAGGGUUCGUUGAUGUAGUUAAUGGCUCAUGUCCUCUGCCAACCAAGGGUCGUGACGGYAUCUGUGAUCGAAUGGGAGAUCAGUGCACUAUAGAUUCAACGUGUAGUGGUGAUAACGAAAAGUGCUGCUUUAAUGGCUGUCAGCGAGAGUGCAUUGAUGUCAUCGCUCCUCCUCCUCCAGAUCCUUGCGACAACGUCACGUGUCCUUUCUAUGGUAUGUGUAAAGACGACAUGAACGGCAACACGACUUGUGAAUGUCCAACCGUUUGUACCAUGGACUACACGCCAGUCUGUGGAUCAGACGGAGUAACGUACGGUAAUUUGUGUUCGAUGAAAACUGCUGCUUGUGCUAGUGAGCAAAUGAUUACCGUGAAACAUAAUGGAGAUUGUAAGAAAGAUCCUUGCGACAACGUCACGUGUCCUUUCUAUGGUAUGUGUAAAGACGACAUGAACGGCAACACGACUUGCGAAUGUCCAASCGUUUGUACMCUGGACUACACGCCAGUCUGUGGAUCKGACGGAGUAACGUACGGUAACCUGUGUUCGAUGAAAGCAAAAGCUUGUUCUAGUGAGCAAAUGAUUACCGUGAAACAUAAUGGAGAAUGUAAGAAAGAAAAACCUAAAGGAAAGUGUCCGAAGACUUGGAAGGGAAAGAGAGGAUUUUGUGACUUCCGUGGAGACAUGUGUGAUAAGAAUAAUGAUGAUUGUCCGUUUGGACAGAUAUGUUGUUCCAACGGAUGCCAGAAUGAUUGCGUAUACCCAGAUGGAAAAUCUCCUUGUAUCAAACACCGGAAAUCCAUAAUUCCAAAAUCAAAGAUACUUUUCACACCUUCAUGUCACGAAAACGGCUUUUAUGACGAAGUACAAUGUCAUGGCUCGCCKAGAUACUGCUGGUGCUCAGACCAGUAUGGUAACGAGCUUCCAUUUACACGGAUCAAAGGACGAAAACCAAAUUGCAAUCUUCCAGCUGUUCAUGGAUUCCUUCCAGGAAUAAAUGGUACAUGUCCACAGCCUAAUAAGGGUAGAAAUGGUGUUUGUGACARAAUGGGUGACACCUGUACUUUGGACAAAGACUGYAGUGAUGGCAAGAAAUGCUGCUUUAAUGGUUGCCAGAGAACAUGUGUCGAUGCUAUUCCUUCUYUUCCCCCACCAGAUCCAAAACUGACACCAUGCCAAAAGAAACGACAAGAAAUCCUUGGAGAUAAUGAGCUUCCCCCUCCUGGUAUGUACUUACCRUCAUGCGAUGAGAAUGGUGACUUUACAGCCGUUCAGUGCCAUGGUUCUGUUGGCGAGUGUUGGUGUGUCAAUGUUAACAACGGCAAUAUCAUCACWAGUACUCGUAUUAGCACCCGUCAAGGAGCCRUUAGGAAUUGUAGUGAUGAAGCUUUGACCAAGUGUCAAAGACAUUAUAGAGACGCUUUAGAUAAUCCACCAAUUGGCCGAUUUCUACCCGCCUGUGAAGAUAGCGGUAAAUACGAACCAAUGCAAUGCCAUGGCUCUGUAGGCCAAUGCUGGUGUGUUGAUGAUAAAGGYGAUGAACUUGAAGGGACAAGAGGUCGUCAAAGACCCGACUGCACACCUCCAAGUCCCAACCCCUGUGAUGRCGCAGAUUGUGGUUUCUAUGGCAUUUGCAAAGCUGGUAAAGACGGGAGCACGUCUUGUGAAUGUCCCUUGAUCUGCCCGGAGAUCUACGCUCCUGUUUGUGGAUCGGACAAUAAAACCUACAGCAACGAAUGCGAAAUGAAAACCGCUGCUUGUACAAAAAAGAUCAUGGUUACCAUUAUCUCUCAAGGAGAAUGCCAUCAACCACCCUCGCCAUGUGAUAAAAUCAAAUGCAGCCAUAAAAUGCAACAAUGUAAUGUGCUGAAUGACAAACCUGUCUGCCAAUGCCCAAUGAUAAAAUGCAGCUCUAAGGAUGAUCCCGUUUGUGGGUCAGAUGGGAAAACCUACCGGAAUUCGUGUUAUUUGGACAGCUUCUCCUGCCCCAACAGUCAAGAUAUCAGGAUUGAAUAUCAAGGAAAAUGCGAAGUCAAGGAAUCUUGUGAUGACAUUAAAUGCAGCCAUCCACAACAAGCAUGUUUGCUUCAGGGCGUGAAGGCUGUGUGUGAAUGUCCGCARUAUGACUGUCUCAACGAGAAGAAGGAAGUUUGCGGUACAGACAUGGUUACUUAUAACAAUCCAUGUGAAAUGGAAGCGUAUGCUUGCCAGUACAAUAUGAACAUUUCUGCAGCGUACGAUGGACCCUGUCAAGGGAAAGAUGCCGAUCCAUGUACUGUACAACUUUGUAGUCACCCCCAGCAAACAUGUCGAAAUGUUAACGGCAGCGCUAUUUGUCAAUGUCGUAAAAUGGCAACAAAGAUAUAUGCCCCUGUAUGUGGGUCAGAUGGUAAAACUUACUCAAACAAGAUGAUCAUGGAGAACGCCGGAUGCGAGAAAAAUAUGGUAUUGACUGUAGUAAAGAGAGGAAAAUGUGAUGAACCCGAUCCUUGUGCAAAUGUUAUGUGCAGCCACCCACAGCAAAASUGUAGAGUUGUCAACGGYAGCGCUGUUUGUGAAUGUCGUAARAUGAWRACCCUGGAAUACAACCCGGUUUGUGCAUCAGAMGGAAAGAACUACCCAAACAAGAUGAGUAUGGAAAACGCAGGCUGUGAAAAGAAUAUGGUACUGACAAUUGAAAAGAGAGGAAGCUGCGCGGAUGGUAAGUCGCCGAUCUUGAGCGCGGAGCUUGCUCUUUUACCWGCGAAUUUUAUUYUGAAAAUAUUCAAGACGUCUCGCAAGAUCUAACGACUACUUCGUGAU